GCCCCCUCCCAUGCUAGUAGCUGCUAGCUAACCACAGAAACUAACGACCGACUAACGACUCCCGAGUGACUCCUAUCGGUAUAUAGAAAUUAAAUUGGUCACGUAACAAUGUUGCGAAACUAAUGUAGUAACACUUGGCACCCAGCUUUUUCUGUUUUCCCGGUAGGUCUCUCUUUUUUGUUAAAUAGAUCUACUGGUGUUUUUGUGGCUAGCAGCUUAUCAGAAGAUACCGAGGUUAUCUCGGUUUAGACGCUACUGAGGUCGAUGUUUUCUCAUGGAGGACUUGUACAGUUAUUAGCCAAGAGGAUAUACGAGUGGGCAAGGACAGACCACAGGAGGUACACACUCGGUUUGUUCGCCAUGGGGAACACCUGCAGUAAUCAUCUUGGGAUUCCUCAAGGCAAGGGCCCUAAUGCUGUGGGGUGCACUGACUUCAUGAUGGACCACACCGCUCAGGGGAGCUUCUUCCGGCUUUACUAUCCUUGUCAAGAGACUGAAAAACCUGACAGACCAGACUGGGUUCCGUGUGUGGAAUAUUUUAAUGGUCUGGCAGAUUUUAUGAAGAUAAACAGGAGUCUCAGUGAAAGGAUUUUCAACUACCUCUUUGGGUCCUUCAAGAUUCCAGCCUCCUUGGACGCUCCCUUUAAAUCCAAUGAAAAAUGUCCAGUAGUUAUCUUCUCCCACGGCCUUGGAGCUUUUAGGACUUUGUAUUCAGCUAUAUGUGCAGAAUUGGCCUCUCAGGGCUUCAUCGUGGCGUCUGUGGAACACAGGUAUUUUUCAAAGUUUAUUUUUUAUUUAAAUACCCGUAACAAACAACAAUAUUACGACAUCUAG